CCAAUUUGCAAACAUAAUUGAAAGAAAAAGGGAAACCUAAUAAAUCGGAGAGACCAAAAACACUUACCGUCGUAUAUUGUCCUCUGCCACCCAGCAAGGGAAAGGGACAACCAAAGCAACCCUUCGGAGAUCUCAAGGGCCCUUCCCUCGUACACUCCGAACUCACACCCUUUCUCUUCUUAUUUCCCUCUUUUUCAAUUCUCUUCCCCUAUUCUUCAUUCCCUCAUGGCUACCUCGCUCUAUUCAACUCAUUGUCGUUCACUCGCCACCUCCUCCUCUUCCUCCGCCUCCUUCCAGCCCUCUCCCUUCUCAUCUAACCUCGCUUACCUUCAACGCGUCACAUUCUCGCAUCGCUUUCUUGCUUCUAAGGUCUCUCUCAAGUCUCAACCCCCGUCGUAUCAGAUUCCUGUCCACACCCAGCAACAGGAAGGUGCAGUAGCUGCUUCCGUGACACCUGUUGAAAAUGGCACUUCUCACAAGCAGCUGAAUGCUGAAUUAUUGUCUGUUAAGUCCCCAAAGGAGUCUCUAGUUGAAGACGGUUUUGAAAAGGAUGAAAAUGAGUCCACUGUUAGUAUUACUGUUGUUGGAGCGUCUGGAGACCUUGCUAAGAAGAAGAUAUUUCCAGCUCUCUUUGCACUUUACUAUGAGGAUUGUCUCCCUAAGCACUUCACCAUCUAUGGUUACGCACGGAGUAAGAUGACUGAUGCAGAACUGAGAAAUAUGGUUAGCAGGACCCUCACUUGUAGAAUUGAUAAGAGAGAGAACUGCAAUGAGAAGAUGGAGCAAUUCCUAAAAAGAUGUUUCUAUCAUUCUGGUCAAUAUGAUUCUCAGGAAAACUUUGCAGUGCUAGACAAGAAGCUGAAGGAACAUGAGGGUGGGAGAACUUCUAAUCGCCUGUUUUAUCUUUCAAUUCCUCCUAAUAUAUUUAUAGAUGCUGUAAAAUGUGCAAGCUUGUCGGCUUCUUCUGGUAAUGGUUGGACCAGGGUCAUUGUUGAAAAGCCUUUUGGUCGUGAUUCUGAAUCUUCAGCUGCAUUAACAAAAUCACUCAAGCAGUAUCUGACCGAGGAUCAAAUUUUCAGGAUUGACCACUAUCUUGGGAAAGAGCUUGUGGAAAAUCUUUCUGUCCUCCGAUUCUCAAAUCUCAUCUUUGAGCCAUUAUGGUCAAGGCAGUAUAUAAGAAAUGUACAGUUGAUAUUCUCGGAAGAUUUUGGCACUGAAGGACGUGGCGGGUAUUUUGACCAUUAUGGUAUCAUAAGAGACAUUAUGCAGAAUCAUUUACUUCAAAUACUAGCUCUCUUUGCAAUGGAAACUCCUGUUAGUUUGGAUGCAGAGGAUAUAAGAAAUGAAAAGGUCAAAGUUCUUCGUUCAAUGAGACCCCUGCAACUUGAGGAUGUGGUUAUAGGCCAGUAUAAGAGCCACACAAGAGGAGGUGUUACGUAUCCAGCCUAUGUUGAUGACAAAACUGUACCAGUAGGCAGCUUAACUCCAACAUUUGCUGCGGCUGCCCUCUUUAUAGAUAAUGCAAGAUGGGACGGGGUACCUUUUCUGAUGAAGGCAGGGAAAGCAUUACACAGCAGAGGAGCUGAGAUACGGGUACAGUUCAGGCAUGUGCCGGGUAAUCUGUACAAUCGAAAUUUUGGUGCAGAUCUUGAUCGGGCAACCAAUGAACUUGUUAUCAGAGUUCAGCCUGAUGAGGCUAUUUAUUUGAAGAUAAACAACAAAGUUCCAGGUCUGGGAAUGAAGUUGGACCGCAGUAAUCUAAAUCUUCACUAUGCAGCAAGAUAUUCAAAGGAGAUUCCAGAUGCUUAUGAGAGGCUACUGUUGGAUGCCAUUGAAGGAGAAAGAAGACUCUUCAUACGCAGUGAUGAACUGGAUGCGGCUUGGUCACUCUUUACACCUGUACUGAAGGAACUAGAAGAGAAGAAGAUAAUUCCAGAGUACUAUCCUUAUGGUAGUAGGGGUCCUGUUGGUGCUCACUAUCUUGCAGCCAGAUACAACGUACGGUGGGGUGACCUUGGUUCAGACAUUGACCGCUAACUCUCAAAUUUUGUUCACAAGUAAUCAGCCUCAGAUGUUAGCUAUUGCGCAUGCAUGCUAUUUUAUGGUUUCUGCUUUGCUUGCAUUUUCUUUUUCCUUCAGCAGCAUGGUUACUUCUCUGGUGAAGGCAGAUAUCAGGCACACUUGAAAUCAUGUAAAGCAAUAAAGCAUCUGGUUUCAAAGUAUAGUAAUAAAGCUCUUAGAUCAUUGAUUUUUUU